GUGAUAAGCAGUCAACAGCCCAUAUGUACUUACUUACUUCUUUCUAAUGAACAUGGCUUUCUCUCCUAUCUCUUACUACCUAGUUAUAACAACAUCUCCCCCCCAUCGCCCCAGCGAUAAGACACCCUUAUCCAACCUAACCUAACCUGAUACCAUCAAUACAAGCACCACAACUAUGGGACCACUUCAAAGAGCUCGCAGCCUGCCGCCGAGGUAUGUCACGAUGUUCCACGAACCCUCACUGACCGACUCACUCUCACUCACUCACUCACUCACACUUCCACCAGGUUCCCUCCUCCAUGGAAGUUCCCAGACUCACCACCUCCCACUUCUUCCCUAGCGACCAACCACCCAGCAAGAACCUCACCUGCCACCACCAUCCCAACCGAGUCUCUUUCACCAAAAUCCAAACGCAAGUCCAAACCACAAUCAAAAUCCAAGACCAAGCCCAUAGAAUCCACCAUGCCCAAGCGUACCCUCGCCGAUCGCUCCCCUCAGCAGGAGGCUGCGUCCGUCAACGCCGACAAUGUCAACACCACAGCCAGCGCUAGUCCCGUCCCCGUCCCCAAGGGCAAGAAGGCUAGAGCCAAGGCCAAAAAGCAAGACAAGGCCAAAGCAGAAGAAACCAAAGCCAACACCGUGAUGGGACCACCGGAGCCCAAGCGCCAGGACGUCAAAAAAGAGUGUCCCAAGCUGGCGCUGGCGCGGCUCUGGGCUAAGAAGGCGGCGGAUCUCGAGAAGCCGAUGAACGAGCUCCAGUAUUCCAUAAAUCCGAUUCCGUUUAAGAUUGGAGAGGAUGGUAAAAUACACCCCGCCGAGCCUCAGACUAUCCCCCGGUACGAAGGAUCAGUGCACAGCAUGCCCGCUCUGACCAAAGAUGCUAUCGCGGACAUCCUCAGAAAGACCAAGCCCGACUGUCCCAAGGCGCAGGCGUGGAUCAAGGCGCAGGAGGGCAGCAAGCUGGCGCGGGAGCGCAUGCAGGCGACUAUGGGCGACAGAGAGGAUCUUCGCAAGAAGGUGGUGCAGAAGAUUCGUGACCAGGCCCGUCUGGCGGCUGUGCAUUCUGGGGCGCCGAAGCAUGAGAUUAAGAAUUUCUUGGCGGGGAUUCCUGAUCGUAGGGAGGAGGUUACGGGACAGGAUGAGAACGUUCAUCAGGGACAGGGCGAGGGAGGUCCUCAGGGACAAGACGAGAAUGGACUUCAGGAACAAGGUGGGGAAGAUCCUAAAGGCCAUGAAAACGCGAUGGAAGUCGACAUGGAGGACGAUGAUGAGCAGAAGAAUGCGUCCUAUGAUAGUGACGACGACCACAGAAAGAAGAGAGGCGGUAAGAAAGAGAGAACCCUUGAGGAGCGUCAGUUGCAGAGAGUCAUUGACGCUCAUGAAAAAUUCCUUGUGAAGAUGAACGAGAUCACUUCGGGACUGAGGAACAUCUAA